AUGAUCACUAAAUAUUUCACCAAAGUAACGGUAAAGUUCGACCCAUUUGCGCCCUCUGCAAGACCUGCUAGAUUAUUUCUUGCUAGGAUCCCUCCUUCGCUCAAGGGUCAGUGCCAAAUUAAUCACCAAGUGUUAACCCAGAGCUCUCCUGCAUCCGAAAAGCCUAUAAUAGAAGUCACAUACAAAGACAAACACAUAUUGCAAGCAGAUCCAGCUAAGAUGACCUACUCAGAAUUGCAACAACAUUUCGAUGCCCAUUCUAGAAAACUAGUUCUCAAGGACUCUAUUGCUGUCUAA